GCGGCGCGGGGCGGGGAGGACGGCGGAGGGAGGAGCGGCUGCAAAAAUGACUCAGUAAGUUCGGCGGCCGCUCGGCCUCUGCGCCUCCGGUGCCAGCGCCCCGGGAUGUAUUCCUCCCCGCUCUGCCUGACCCAGGAUGAGUUCCACCCGUUCAUCGAGGCGCUGCUGCCACACGUGCGCGCCUUCGCCUACACGUGGUUCAACCUGCAGGCGCGGAAGCGCAAGUACUUCAAGAAGCACGAGAAGCGCAUGUCCAAGGACGAGGAGCGCGCGGUGAAGGACGAGCUGCUGGGCGAGAAGGCCGAGGUGAAGCAGAAGUGGGCGUCGCGGCUGCUGGCCAAGCUGCGCAAGGACAUCCGGCCCGAGUGCCGCGAAGACUUCGUGUUGGCCGUGACCGGCAAAAAGGCCCCUGGCUGCGUGCUCUCCAACCCGGACCAGAAGGGCAAGAUGCGGCGCAUCGACUGCCUGCGCCAGGCCGACAAGGUGUGGCGCCUGGACCUGGUCAUGGUCAUCCUGUUCAAGGGCAUCCCGCUCGAGAGCACGGACGGCGAGCGGCUGGUGAAGGCGGCCGCCUGCGCCCACCCUGUUCUGUGCGUGCAGCCGCACCACAUCGGCGUGGCUGUCAAGGAGCUGGACCUGUACCUGGCGUACUUCGUGCGUGAGCGUGACGCAGAGCAGAGCGGCAGCCCGCGGACAGGCGUGGGCGCCGACCAGGAGGACAGCAAGCCCAUCACGCUGGACACCGCGGACUUCCAGGAGAGCUUCGUCACGUCGGGCGUGUUCAGCGUCACGGAGCUGAUCCAAGUGUCCCGGACGCCUGUCGUGACCGGAGCCGGGCCCAACUUCUCCCUGGGAGAGCUGCAGGGCCACCUGGCCUACGACCUGAACCCGGCCAGCGCCGGCCUGCGGAGGACGCUGCCCAGCACCUCCUCCAGCGGGAGCAAGCGGCACAAGUCGGGUUCCAUGGAGGAGGACGUGGACACGAGCCCCGGCGGCGACUACUACACCUCGCCCAGCUCGCCCACGAGCAGCAGCCGCAACUGGACGGAGGACAUGGAGGGAGGCAUCUCCUCCCCAGUGAAGAAGACAGAGAUGGACAAGUCUCCCUUCAACAGCCCAUCCCCCCAGGACUCCCCUCGGCUCUCCAGCUUCACGCAGCACCACAGGCCGGUCAUUGCCGUGCACAGCGGGAUUGCGCGGAGCCCUCACCCGUCCUCGGCACUACACUUCCCUGCGACGUCCAUCCUGCCACAGACGGCCUCCACCUACUUUCCCCACACGGCCAUCCGGUACCCGCCGCACCUCAACCCCCAGGACCCACUCAAGGAUCUGGUGUCCCUGGCCUGCGACCCGGCCACCCAGCAGCCUGGACCGCCUGCUCUCCGCCCGGCACGUCCCCUGCAAACCGUCCCUUUGUGGGAUUAGGACGGAGGGAUCCUCUUGCGGGACAGUCCUGGUACCUGGGAUAGCCGAGUUCGCCCUCCCAAGUCUCCAUCGCCGGGGGAGUCCCGGAGGUUAUGGCCCAAGCCUGCAUUUUCAGUGGAAAAUUAGAAUGAGCGAGAAGCUCCCUGCCGACUCCCAGCAACUG